AUGUGGAGAUUAGAGAAAGAGAUCCACUCAAUGAUAUUGCGGGUUGCAACACAACUUAGUACUGAGGCGGCUGAUGAGAAAGACCUUCUGCAAACGAUUCUUAAGGGAGCCAAAAAUUAUGGUGAUGCUGAUAGCCUAUUUUCAGGUAUCUCCCAAGAGAAGUUCAUAGUGGAUAAUUGCAUGAGUAUAUACUUAGCUGGCCACGAGACCACUGCCGUCACCGCAUCAUGGAGCUUGAUGUUACUAGCUGCAAAUCCAGAGUGGCAAGCUUGUGCCCGUGCCGAGGUGCUUGGAAUUUGCACGGAUCACAUUCCAGAUGCUUAUAUGCUUCGAAGCAUGAAAACAUUGAAUAUGGUGAUCCAAGAAACCUUGGGCCUGUGCCCCCCAUCACUGAUUGUUGUAAGACAAGGCUUGGAAGAUAUUGACCUCAACAAUAUUCAAAUUCCCAAAGGAACCAACAUUGAGAUUCCAAUCCCAAUACUACAGCAACUGCCUAAUAUCUGGGGGCCUGAUGCCCUCGACUUCAAUCCGAACCUGAGACAUCUGGUCUGCAAAUCAAGACCCUUUUCCACUAGACCAGUUGGCAUAAAAUAG